AUUGCAUGCUGGACACAAGCCUUAUAACUGUGAAAAAUAUGCUAAAGCUUUUGACCACUCCUCAAAUGUUAAUGGUAUUCAGAAAAUUAAUAUAGGAGAUGAAAAUUUCAAAUGUAGUGAAUGUGGCAAUGACUUUAGAGAGUCUUUUAAUCUUCCUCAGCAUCAGAGAAUUCAUACUGGUGAAAACUCUCCUAUGUGUAGAGAAUGUGGGAAAGCAUUUAUGAGGACCUCAAACCUCAGACAAGUUCAGAAAAUUCAUACUGGAGAGAAGCCUUAUGAAUGCAGAAAAUGUGGCAAAGCUUUUAGGAUGCCCUCAAAACUUACAGAACACUGGAGAAUUCAUGCUGCAAGGAAGUCCCAUAAGUGUACUCAAUGUGGCAAAGCAAUUAAACAUUCCUCAAUUCUUACUGAACAUCAGAAAAUUCAUACUGGAGAGAAGCUUUAUGAAUGUCCUCAAUGUGGCAAAUGCUUUGGGUACAAGUACAAACUUACUCGACAUCAAAGAAUUCAUACUGGAGAGAAACCUUAUGUAUGUACACAGUGUGGAAAAGCCUUUAGCCAGCUCUCACACUUCAAUGAACAUCAGAAAAUUCAUACUGGAGAGAAGCCUUAUGAAUGUACUCAAUGUGGCAAAGCCUUCAGGCAGCAGUCAACCCUUACUCAACAUCAGAAAAUUCAUACUGGAGAGGAGCCUUAUGAAUGUACUCAAUGUGGAAAAGCCUUCAGGCGGCAGUCAACCCUUACUCAACAUCAGAAAAUUCACACUGGAGAGAAGCCUUAUGAAUGUACUCAAUGUGGCAAAGCCUUCAGGCGGCAGUCAACCCUUACUCAACAUCAGAAAAUUCACACUGGAGAGAAGCCUUAUGAAUGUACUCAAUGUGGCAAAGCCUUCAGGCAGCAGUCAACACUUACUCAACAUCAGAAAAUUCAUACUGGAGAGAAGCCUUAUGAAUGUACUCAAUGUGGCAAAGCCUUCAGGCAGCAGUCAACCCUUACUCAACAUCAAAAAAUUCAUACUGGAGAGGAGCCUUAUGAAUGUACUCAAUGUGGAAAAGCCUUCAGGUGGCAGUCAACCCUUACUCAACAUCAGAAAAUUCACACUGGAGAGAAGCCUUAUGAAUGUACUCAAUGUGGCAAAGCCUUCAGGCAGCAGUCAACCCUUACUCAACAUCAGAAAAUUCAUACUGGAGAGGAGCCUUAUGAAUGUACUCAAUGUGGCAAAGCCUUCAGGCGGCAGUCAACACUUUCUCAACAUCAGAAAAUUCAUACUGGAGAGAAACCUUAUGAAUGUACUCAAUGUGGCAAAGCCUUCAGGCGGCAGUCAACACUUACUCAACAUCAAAAAAUUCAUACUGGAGAGAAGCCUUAUGAAUGUACUCAAUGUGGCAAAGCCUUCAGGUGGCAGUCAACACUUACUCAACAUCAGAAAAUUCAUACUGGAGAGAAGCCUUAUGAAUGUACACAAUGUGGCAAACCCUUUAGGCAGAACUGGCACCUCACUCGACAUUUGAAAAUUCACACUGGAGAGAAGCCUGGUAAAUAUAUGCCAUGUGGCAAUCUUUAG